UCGAUAAACCUUAUUAGCUCCAACUCAAAGCCAAAGUUCUCCCAAUUUUGAGAGUUUCUUCUCAUUUUCAAGACCCCAAAAUCCAAUGGCGCUGUUUGCCACCAGGCGCGUAUUAACUUCCAGCAUUUACCGUGCACUCUCUUCAUCUUCAUCAUUAUCUCGAUUUCAUUUUGUUAUUCCCCUUCUCUUCAAUCCCCACUACUACCCGUCAGAGCAAUUCGUUCCAACCCGUCCCAAGUCAUCCGGGUCGGGUUACUCGCCUCUAAAUGAUCCUUCACCGAACUGGAGUAACCGGCCGCCGAAGGAGACGAUACUUCUGGAUGGAUGUGAUUAUGAGCAUUGGCUGAUUGUCUUGGAGUUUCCUGACCCUAAACCCUCUGAGGAAGAAAUGAUUAAUGCCUAUGUUAAAACCCUUGCUGCCGUUGUCGGAAGUGAGGAAGAAGCAAAAAAGAAGAUUUACUCUGUUUGUACAACUACAUACACAGGUUUUGGUGCUUUGAUUUCUGAAGAGCUUUCCUACAAAGUUAAAGGUUUACCUGGUGUUUUGUGGGUCUUGCCAGAUUCAUAUCUAGAUGUCCCCAACAAGGAUUAUGGAGGGGAUCUGUUCGUAGACGGAAAAGUCAUCCAUAGGCCACAAUAUAGGUUCAAUCAAAACCAAAGUUCUAGACCCAGGCCUCGACCUCGUUAUGACAGACGCAGGGAGACAAUGCAAGUAGAAAGAAGAGAACCAAUACAAAGAGGAGCCUGGACACCCAAUCAGCAAGCUCCUCCUGCACAACCAGUCUCAAUCGAAGGCCAGAAUUUCUCUCAUGGAACUGGAGGAGGCCCGGCAGGAUCUCAGGGGAAUAAUGGUUGAAGCUUCUACGCCAAUUGUCAAACACUAAAAUCUUUAGUAAUGGGACUAGGCCUCAUAAAUUGUUCGUUUCACAAGUUCUGCAGCGUUGUUCCGAACAUAGCGUAAGGACAUAUUUUCCAAAUGAUUGUAAUGUGAAUAUCUUCCCUGUUCACAUGAAGGGCAUUAAUAUAGUAGGAGAUGAAUCUUCUUGUCUAAUUUGGCUUUGGGCAAGUGUUUGCAGAUUUAAGUGUUGUAAAUCAGUAAUUCAAAACAGCAUCAAUACGGAUAUCCCUUACUUUUGUGCA